CGCGCGGGGGGGGCACCCGGCUGGCCCACGCGUCACAGAGGCAGGGGUUCUAGCAGCGGCGCGUGGCAGGGUCCUGCAUAUUCCCAGGUUUGGAAAGGCCUUUUAAAGCAAUGGCGCUGAUGAAGAGUGGCUGGCUUUGGAGACAAAGUUCCAUUUUGCGACGCUGGAAAAGGAACUGGUUUGUCCUGUGGCUAGACGGUGGCCUUGUAUAUUACCAGGAUGAGACUCAGCGUGACCUGGAGGGCAGGAUCCACAUCAAAUUCAACUGCCGGGACAUAAAGACUGGCCGCGAAUGCAGAGACGUGCAGCCCCCGGAAGGGAAAAGCCGAGACUGCCUGAUGACGAUUGUGCUGCGAGACGGCUCCAAAGUGACCCUGUGUGCGGAGAGUGAGGACGACGCGGUCGCCUGGAAGAUGGCAGUGCUGGAGGCGAAAAACACCCCGGUCCAUAUGUACGACCCAUAUGACGACUAUUACCAGACAGUGCCCUUGGAUUCCCACCAGACCAUGUACGUCAGCUCGGGAUACUACGGCACCCAGUACGGAGCGCCUGGAGUGACUCACGUGAUUGUCCGCGAGGACCCCUACCGCGUGUCGGGAGACCAAAUGGCUUUGGGCCUGCUGGCUGGCGCCGCCACCGGGGCCGCCCUGGGAUCCUUCAUGUGGAUGCCGUGCUGGUUCUAAGAACUCGCUCGCGUGCGGGACGCCUCUGGACCAAGCGCUUGACCAAGAAGUUUGGGUUCCCUCCAGGCAGCCUGCGGGGCAAUGCCCUAUAACAUAGAUCGUUGUAAGGUUCCCCUCCCAUCCCCGAUGAGUCUGCACUUUGCUUGACAUGCCUGACUAGGUGCAUUGGUGGCAUAAAUUUUCCUUUGCCUCCUAACCCAGCAGUCAUUUAAUUUUCUCAGCACUCAACUCAAUCCAGACGCCCCUGGCCCACCCUGACCAAGGCACUGUGCUGCCCACCCAGACCUCAGCCAGGGCCAAGCAGAGAGCGGCGCUGUUCUGGAGGAUGAACAGAGACCGCCGGUACCUCCCAGUGUCGUCUCCUGCUCUGAAAUGACAGCUUCUGCUCCUGGCCCUCCUUCUCUGAAGAGAGGGACAGAGGAGGUGAGCACGGAGCCAGAUGUUCAGCUGGUGUAGGGUGAUUUAACGCCACUGAUGUCAGUGGGUUGAUGCCAGCUUGCUCCAGCUGAGAAUCUUGUCUCCAUUGGCCCCCGGGUUUCAGAUCCCUGUAGCAUACAGGCCAGUGCUUUGUAAGUUGCAGGUGUUUCAUACAUUGCAUUUAAAAGAAAUACUACUUGGACUUAAAUAGGAAGUAAAAGGAAACAGCCCCUUUCCUAUGUAGCAGCCCCCCUCAGGUGUGUAACAUAUAUAGAACAUGUGACUGACUAGCUGUGUAAAGGAAACACAUAUGUCAUCCCACUGUGGGGGGAGGAGGGCAGGGUAUUUUAGUUUAGAUGUGAUUCUAUAUGGUCCAGUGCAAUAAGCAAAGUCGACAGCGUAGUUCAUGCCACCUGUAAAAUAUCUUGGCCGUGAGCUACACGACUCCUUCUGUGUGUCAUAUUUACACCAGCGCAUGUUGACACUUACCCAGCGUCUGUUACACUCCCCUCACCUAUUAAAAAGCUAUGACUUACUCACUAA